UGCCUCUCUGCCUACUUGUGAUCUCUCUCUGUCAAAUAAAUAAAUAAAAUCUUAAAAAAAAAAAUCACUCAAAGAUACCAAACCCUGCCCAGGCAAUCACCAGACACAGAAAGACCUUCCAUCAGAAAAUUCCAUCGCUUUUUUUGGCCUCUGCAACACAACCAGCUCCCCAACUUGCUGCCCGCUUCCAGAUGGCUUUUAAACUCAGGACUCAUCACAUGGACUCCAAGGCAUAUGAGCUCCUUGUGAACCAUGGUACAGUGUUGGGGCUGGUGCAUGGCGACCAUGCUGGGUCUUGUGAGCUUUCUGGUGCUCCUGAACUCGGCGUGCUGCGGACGAGCACAGCUGGGACAGCAGGAGACAAUAGAUCUCCUAUUACCAACAUGCAGCUAGAUUCAAGGAAAAGAAUGUUAACCUGGAAUUACAUAAGGAAUGUGAGUCAGCAGGAAUGCAUGAUAUCUACCCCUCCCAACUCUCCCACCAUGCCCAGCUUCUCCACCACGCAAGCCCCAGAGGUCAGAGAGGACAGCACGUACUUCUGCAUCUUCCGUAACCGCGUGCUGCAUAGGGGAGCCAACCUGACCGUGAGGGUCACCUGUGAUGGGGCCAAAUUCCAGGAAGUCUUGCUUUUCGCAAACCCAGGUAGGGAAGGUUCCGGCGCCGUGAACUUCUCCUGCUUCAUCUACAACGUCCGUCUCAUGAACUGCAGCUGGGCACCCGGCCCCCGAGCCCCAGCCGACGUCUGCUACCGGCUCUUCUGGUGGGCCUCCCUGCACGAGGAUGAGGCGGAGUGCGUGCAUUACGUCACAGACCCCACGGGGACCCGCGUGGGCUGCCAUUUCGAUGAACUCGGUGAACCCCAGCGUAUGGAUAAUUACUUCUUCCUACUGAAUGGGACCAGCAGUGAGACCGCAAUCCCGUUCUUGGACUUUGUUCCGUUUGAAGCCCGUAAGAUCGAAAAGUACGACCCCCCAACAAACAUCACGAUCGCCCACAACACAUCGCAUCACAUUAUCCGGUGGGAGAACCCCGAGAUGAGAUACGAGCUUUCGACUCAAGUCUUGUAUUAUGAGCUGGACAUCCAGAGACCGGGCAGCGCUUCCAAGACAAACCCCGUUUUCCAGAGGGGGCAAGAUUCGAAUGUGUACGUGGUGCCGCGUUCUGCCGUCAGGCCGGACACCACGCUCCGGCUGAGGGUGCGCUAUCUGCAUAACAAGCUGUGGAGCGAGUGGAGCCCGACGCUGCGUCUCGGCCUCCCAGAGGAGGACUUCCCCCGUGCCCUGGUCGGGGUGCUGGUGGCGGCCACGGCAGUGCCCGCGCUGGUCCUCGUGUGCUUCUGCAAAUGGUACAGUCUGUUCCCCCGCAUCCCACAGGUGAAGAAGGAACUCACCGGGACCCUAUUCUCCCCAGAGGGUCCGUCCGCGGCGCAGCAGGUGGCAGAGCUCGGCUCCGUUCGUGGCUUAGUGACCUGCCCCCACAUGCACUGGAGGGAGAGGGUGUCCACCCUUCGGCCACGGCGAACCAUGCAGCUCCGCACGGGCACUUUCUGGGCGGCACCACGAGGGUCUCGCACGUGGGUGCCCUCAAUGCUGCCCGACUUCUGUCUCCCAGGUGUCCUGGGACGAGGGCCACCGGCCGCCGAACUCCCGGGAGCCCGAGGACAUCCUCAUCGUGGAGGACCUGUCGUGACCUGCGUGGCUUCAGCCUCUCCCCGCGUCCCCCGCCUCCCUGGAAAAUGUCGCGCAGGAGCGCCGCACGCUCACGUCUGGGGACGAUGUCUCCCCCGACCCCCACCACCGCUACCCAACCCAGCAGCACAGGCACCCAAAACCCAGGCUUUCUGGCUUCGUGCUGGCGUCCACACCGGGGCCGCUGUACGCGUCGGACGGGCGUUUCCUUCCUGAUUUCUGUAUUUCUGACUCCGGGGGAAAUAAAAUAGUUCUACGGUGA